AUGCCUGCGGAUGGCACGGUUCAGUCUGAUGGUAUGAUGCCCGUGCCGGACAGGUCGAGCAAUCAUACACACCACCGACGUCAGUCCUCGCUUUCCAUCCGCCCAGAUAGGCUUGAUGAUGGCGGUCAUCAUGACGGACGACAUUCGACAGACUCGGCCAUUGAUACUUCUGGCCAAGUUGGCAAGAUGCAGAAGUACGACAUGCCUCCGGUCCAAUAUGAGAUGUUGUCCAAAGACAGGCCCGAUGUGGACCAACAAUCAGGCCUCGAUGAGAUUCAAUUUUGUCACACUAGUGUGCAGCGAGCCUAUGAAACCCGCAUCCAACUUCCUCCUGUUGGCGUCGGAAGUAUACGAGGACCUUCUGGCCAACUGGACCACAUCGAAUCCCUUUUCUUUGCGAUCUGGAAGGUGUCGGCUGCAGCACUGCUCUAUACCCUGGCUGUCCUCAACAGCGCGUCUCAGCAUCAUGAGGAAGCUUGUGAGACUUCAUCAGCUACCCAGAAGUACAUUCAAUAUCUUUAUCAUUUCGACGUCUUCACUGGUAUGUCCUCUACACCCCACACUGCACCGGAGCAACCUCACCUUCUCUGCGACUCUGCCUACCCCGAAGCUCAAUCCUAA